ACGAAAGAGGAAAACAACAUCAACAUGACGAGCGAUAUUCCCGUACACGGUCCUGGUAUCAUGUAUGUUCUCUCGAGCCUCUCCUCCGCUCCGGGGAACCAACUUACGGAAUCCGCUUUCAACUCCUGGUAUAUUGAAGAACAUAUGCCCGAGAUUAUCGCCACCUCAGGCAUGCCCAAUGCCUUUCGCAAUGUUCAUGUCGAUAAAUCUUCGCCGCAUGGUACGAGCGAGUGUCCAAAACCGUUCCUGGCGUUCUAUCCGAUGAAGGAUCUGGCGUUUACGCAGAGCGAAGCGUUUCGAAAGAUUAGGGUUAAGAGUGACAGGUUACCUGGGACAGGUGUUGUGUUUGAUAUGGCGGACUUUGACAUUGGGUAUUAUGGGCUUGUGUCUAAGAGCGGGGAGGCACGGGGAACGCCGCGAUUUUUUGCGACUGCGGGCGUGGCAGUUGGGGAUGAAGUCGCAGAUGGCGAUGUCGAGGCAGGUUUUGAUCGGCAAACGGCUGCUGUAUCACAGACCGAGAACUAUAUCCACUCGCGCCGGUUCAAGCUUCAGUACUCGCGCACGAAUGCGCAAUCGAGAGCUUUGAAGGGUCUGGUUGCGACGGGGGAUGGAUCGAAUGUUGAGCUGCCGACGUGGCUGGCAAUUCACAGUUUCUCCGCUGAGCCUAGCUCGGAUGUAAGAAAGAUCAUUGAAACGGAGUCCAACGACGCUUUGAGGAACUCGAAGCAAUUUCAAAUUGAUUCGUACAGAUCACAGAGCGUGCAAGGCCAAGGUAGAAUCUUCGACACCGAUGAAGACGGCAUCGUUUGA